AUGGCCGACCAACCUGGAAAUAGUCCGUAUAACCCUGCGAUAGAGGAUAGGACCCUCCACUCUAUCCCACCAACAACUGGGAAAAAGCGGAUUCCGAAAGCCUGUGGUGCUUGUCGACAAUCGAAGGUCUGUGCUCAGGUCAUCGGACCCUCAACGCGGAUAGAGGGCGUCGAAUCCGAGGUUCAAUAUCUCCAAAAACAGCUGGAUGAAAUUCGCGAGUUGCUUCAACAUAGCCGCUCGCAACCCACUCCGAAAUCACAGCUAACACAAUCUCCCACCCACGUCGGUGAUCAGCAGCACAUACGCCACGAGGGCGAUGGUGGUUCCUCGGGCUUUCAUCAUCCUCAUCAGCAGGAUCUCCCUCAAGGCGAAUUUACGAAUAUACCUGUGACAAACUCCGCUGGCUAUGCAAAUAGUCACCGAUACCAAAGGUCCAUGCCGCCGUCCAUACCAACCCUUUCUCCAAAUGACACUUCGGCUCAACCUCUCUACGCAUCUAAUCAGAUAAUUAAUAGACCGCCCAAGAGAAAGCGAUCUGGGUUUGAGAUUCGAGAGGAGCCCAUUGCGGACUUUAUUGAUAAAGGACUCAUCUCGCUUGAAUGUGCUGUAUCAUACUUCAAUACCUUCUUCGCGGGAUGUGACAGAUAUAUCCCAAUCUUCGACCCUCAAUACGAUUCUUUCGAUUCCGUUCGAUCUCGAAGUAGCAUCCUUCUAAACGCAAUAUGUACCAUUGGAUGCAUGGUCGAGACCAGAUCCGGAGGUUCAAUGUCCGACCUUCUCCACGCCGAACUCAAGAAAUGGAUCAAUGUCAUAAUCCAGAACAAGGACCUAAACUGUCUAGAAUCAGUCCAAGCAAUGCUCGUAGUUGCUUGUUAUUCCACAGAACGCUCGCUGAUCUUAUCAUUUGCCACUCGCAUGGCCCUGGACCUGGAAUUGCAAGAGGCCUUUGAUGAAUUGAUCCAGCGGCUUGCCCUUCAGAAUGAAGAUAUGGCUUAUGCCUUGCCACAUCAGAUGCUUGAAGAGGAGAGGACUCUUAUGUGGAACGCUCGGACUUGGUUCGGGCUUUUGGUUCUCGAGCAUAUAUUUCGCGUUGAUGGUGGGAAGCCGCCUGGUAUUCGGCUCAAAGGGAAUGCUCGCCGCUGUCGGGUUUUACUUAGCCAUCCAUCAUCGACAGUUUUGGAUUUACGGUUGUUCUCUCAGGUUGAGUUAAAUAUUCUCCGAGCCAAUGUCGGCGAUGCCCUAGGAGGAAACACAUCGCUUGAUGGGCAAAGCAUCGCGGAUUACGUGCAUGAUAUGAAAAUUGAGCUAGAUUUGUGGUUCGAUGACUGGCUGCGCAUCAUUGAAAGUUGUGUUGCCGCCGCCGGAGAGAAGCCAUCUCUACUAGUCGCCCUACGGGUGCAGAAAUGCUGGGCAGAAAUGAUGCUCAACUGUAAAGCAUUACGAUCCAUGGGCGUUGAGAACGUAGCCGCCAUGUCCACCACUGAAAGAACAAUACUCCUCACAGCCAAAGCAAGUGCCCGCCGCCAUCUCCGGCUCAUAAUCGUCGAUCCAGACUUCUAUCUCGCCAAACUGAAAUACGCAAUGGAUUUCGUGUGGGCAAAGUGCGCAUUCUCCUUCCUAUUGCUUCUCAAAUUAUCCCGCCUCACCCCUGAGCGCGACGAGGAGCAUCAAGAACUUCUGGAACAAGGUAAUCGACUGGUCAAUGAGUUGAGUAAAGCCGGAGCUAGUGGGACUCAGUCCGGAGGUGGGAAUAUUUAUCUCCAGAUCUUGAAGGUCAGUAUUGAGAAGUAUGGGCGUGCACUGAUGGAAACACAGCAACCCAGCUCGGAUGGCCCUACGGCUACGUCACCGUUUUGGGAGUUGUUUGAUGCUCAGGCGGAUCUUCAGUGGUUUGUCCCUGAGCAGUUUGUCUCCGAGUGGGACUUUCCGGGGCUUAAUCUGUUUUAUUUUCCUACUGCCUGGCAGGAUUUCUUUGGAGAUUUUUCGUUGGCUAUGUAA